AUAAAAAAUAUAGGUACCAAAUCGUAAUUUGCCAUUUGGAUCCAUGGAUUGAUCCAUGAAUCCACCAAUCCAAUUGGAUUUGGAUCAAAUUGAUUGGAUUUAAAUGGAUUGGAUUAGGUGGAUAAUUUGGUGGAUGGAUUGGAUUGGAUUCAUGGAUUUGGAUCAUAAUUGCCACCUCUAAUCUUAAUCCAAACUUUCUCCACCCGUGAACUAGAGUCCCGCCAAAAUUCCAAUUCACGGGUUUCCAAAGCUCUCGUGGUUUCCAAUUCCCUAGUGGCCUAGCCUCAUUUCCUCCCUCUAUAUAAACCCGAAACUACACACAUCAACAAUCAGUUCCUCUCCACGAUCAUAAUUAACUACAGCUACCCAUUGCCAUGGCAAACAACAGCAAGCCCAUGUUUGUGAAGAUGACAAUGGUGGUGGCCUUGGUUGCCUUGGCCAUGGUAGUUGACACCGUGGAGGCUUCAAGGAAGGUGGGGAGCACCAAGCCAUCGCCACCAGAUGAGCAGGUUGUGUUCUGUAACAUGACACAGGAAGGACUCAAGGCCUGCAAGCCAUCGGUUACAAAGCCCAACCCGAUCAGCCCGCCCGCUUUGGCCUGCUGCCAGGCUCUCGGGACAGCUGACUUGAAGUGUCUGUGCUCUUACAAGAACUCCUUCGUCCUGCCUUCCCUUGGGAUCGACCCUGAGCUAGCCAUGGCUCUGCCUGAGAAGUGCAACCUCCCUUCUGUGCCACAGUGUUGAACUGUAAUUAAUUAAUGGGCCGGGUUUAUUCCGUCUCUUGUUGCUUCAAUUAGUAGUUAAUUCUUUAGUUCUGGUUUGCAUUAUGUCCUUUGUAUUCAAGUAUGUAGUAGCAUUGACUUAAGCAUUGUCUGUAAGGCUGUAACGUUGUUAUGUAACAGUACGAUUUAUAUCCAACCACUCCUCGUUGGUAUAUGAUGUCAGAAGUUUGCAUUGAAUUGUGAUGCCGCAUAAUCUUUGGGGAGGAUGUUCAUGUUAAGAUGCAGAAACUUUGAUGAGAUUGUGUUGUAAUAAACAAUGACGACUCAAAUUAAGCUAGCUUAAAUUUUUUAAAAAAGAGGCUUAAAAUCUUUUCGAAUCAAUGUGAAACCAGAGAAAAACAUAUAUAGUUUCAAUGUGAAUUGUGAAAUAUUCAAAGAAGCUUAAAGUCUGUAUUCUCUCAAGAUUUGGUCUGAGAGGCUUAAUCUCUCGAAUCAAGCAUAAACUGCUCAUAUGCUCUGGCCAUUGUAGAUGGAAGCUAGCUCAAUUUGGGACGCCUGGAUGCGUGCGUAUCAUUUUAAAAAAGGGUGACCUCUGGUCUAUGAAGCUGAAUUCGAUCAGCUCUUAAACUUGGAGGAAAACUUUGAAGUUGAGGGACUUGGUCCAGCCUUACACAAGCAGGACUCAGCUAUUUUCUCGAAUAGUGCACUGAUGCAGCACUACUAUGUUCAAGUAGUCUGGGAGAGAUUACGGCCUCGUACAAUUAGGGCUCUACCCUGUAUACCCAUACGGGUUUAGCACGAAGAGAGAGUAGGGAAAAGUUGUUAGGCCAGCGUAACUAUCUGAUUAAUGAAUUUACAUGUUGAAAUUCCUAACUUGCUAACUUGUCUUCGUAAUCCUUUGACUUUGUAAAUUUGUGCACUUUAGUCCAUUUGAUCAUAAUCAAGUGUGAUCAUAAUCUCUGACAGCCCCGCCGCAUACUAAGCAUGGAUCGUCUUCAAGCUUAUUUUGGAGAGCAAUUCAGUGAAAACAUGGACUGAAAGCACUUUGGUGAAAAGAUCUGCAAGCUAAAGUUUGGUGGAGAUGUGUUGAACUUUCGUAUGCUUGACUUGAACUUGAUCCUCAGUGAAAUGAGAGUCAAUCUCGAUAUACUUCAUGCACUCGUGUUUGAUUAGAUUCUGGGUCAUCUUGACUAUUGAGAGGCUGUCACAGUAGAUGGUAUAAGGCAGUUAUGGGAAAUUCUCUGAAAAGAUAUGUCAUCCACUGAAGUGUUGUAAGGUGUCUGCAACAACCUUGCACUCUGCUUCAUCAGAGGACCUCGGAACAGUUUGUUGUUUCUUUGAUCUUUACUCUGAUACCACUACACUUAAUUCCAAUUAUCGGCCAAGUGCAACCUAUAGACGGGUGUAGGAUAUGAUAAAUAUUUCAAUAUCAACCCGGGUGAUCUAUCUACCAUUACUUCAAUUGUUCAAACGUUAUCUAGUGAUCGGAUUGUGGUUAAAGCUAAGAAGACUAAGAAAAUUGAACAAGCAAA